AACAUGAUUCAAUCCAAUCCACAGUACAUGAUUUAAAUUUCGCAGUGGGAAAGAAUGCUGUGAACGCAUUUUGGUUUGCUGCGGCGCCGUUGACGUGAACGUUGCCGGCAUCUUAUUUUAGCCUUGUUUUUGGAAUGUAUAUGCUGCAGAACCGCUUUCGUAACGGACGAAAAAGCCGUUGACGGUAAGACGGUAACACCAGGAACACGAAGCUACUUUGCUGCCUGUUUCAGAGGUCUCUGUUCAUGCAUAUACGGGUAACAACGUCUUUCAUUCUGCUAGGAGAAACCGUCUCAUUUUAGUGCCCCUUUAAUAAGGGCACCUUGUCACAAUGGACCAGGACAACUAUGAUCAGUCGUCGGAAGAUGAGUGCCGUGUCUCCCUGAGUGAGCCAGAUGUGAAGCGCAAGUUGACGUACUCUUACCCGGAGAGCAGCGCACUUCUUGUAUACUUGCGGCUCCGUCCUGUGACCUCGGACACGCCUUCUACGGUCGGUUCUUGCCUGCAAAUGUUGGACAGUACUACUGUAUUAGCAGCCCCAUCGUCUGCUGAUUCAUCCAACCAGAAAAAGUUCACCUUCUCUGAGGUAUUCGGACCAAGCUCAACUCAGGAGCAAGUCUUUGAAACAGCAGCUUUAGGCUUAAUUGACAACCUCAUCAACGGCAAAAAUGUUUUGAUGUUCGCCUAUGGCCCUACAAGCAGUGGGAAGACCUACACCAUGCAAGGCACCUUUACGCAUCCUGGUAUAAUACCACGAACGCUGGAAAGGUUGUUCAAGACGAUCGGAAGCAGGACAACAGAGAAUCCCUGCCUUAAGCCAGAGUACUUUGGGAGUGUCGUGAGGCUCGGCAAAAAGGAAGUCUGCCAGGUGUUGAAGAAGAAAUCGCAGCUGCUAGCACACCACAAGGAAAAGGAAAUGGAAAGCUUCAGCACAUUUGUGCUGUCUGAGACCUCGCAAGCUUCCGACUCCGAUGCACUGUCUGUGAGCACCCAGAAUGGGGAGGUCUUCUACGCUGUCUGGCUGUCGUUCUACGAGGUCUACAACGAGAACGUCUAUGACCUACUGGAUAUGAAAAAGAUCCAAAAGCGACCGUGUCUUAAGCUUGGGCAGGACUCUCAGAAGCAGACCUACGUAAAGGGCCUCUGUGAGGUGCCAGUUGCAAGCGCUGAGGAAGCAUACGCUCUCCUGUGUGUUGCGAAAUCUAACCUCCACACUGCGGAAACCUUUCUGAACCGCAGCUCCAGUCGAAGCCAUUCCUGCUUCAACGUCCGCCUCGUCCAGUACAGCGGAGAAGUCGGGGAUGAGGACUGCGUGCUGAGUACCCUGACACUUUGUGACCUUGCAGGCAGCGAACGUUCCACAAAAGCCGGAACUUCCGGAGGAACACUGAGGGAGGCUGGCCGGAUCAAUAACUCGCUCAUGGUGCUGAGUCGUUGCCUCGAGAGCUUACGCCAAAACUCCUCUGCCGAAAAACUGGUUCCUUUUCGAGACAGUAAAUUAACGCAGAUAAUGCAGCCGUUCUUCGGCAAUGCUGGUAUCGUGGCCAUGGUCGUAAAUGUCAAUCCAGAUUUAGGAAUGGCACAUGAGUCAUUCCAGGCACUGAAGCUCUCUGCUGUAGCGUGCGAAGUUCUGCCAUCUUUGUCCAAAUCAGGCUUAACUCUGCAUGCGAACUACUCCAGGUUGUCGGAGCUCUGGCAGAAAAGCUCCCGUCACUGGUCAAGCAUCGGAGUCGGGCACGGCGAUGCGGCAGCCAUGGAAUCGUCGGAGGAUGAAUUUGGGAGCGAAGAGGUGGAAGAGUUGUUCGAGACCAUUCGCGUUCUUACCGAAGAGCGCGAGAAGGCGGAGAAAGAGGCUGCGCGGCGGAAGGAGACGUGCGUAGCUUAUGAGAAAUACAUUGAGAACCUGAAGAACCACUUUCGUGAACUGGAGACAUUGCAGCAGAAAUCGAUGGAGAGGCAACUGCACUUCGCAAGGGAGCGCGCAAAGCUUGAUGUGUACGCCGAAGCAGAAGCGGAGUCCAACCUUGACCUUCUCAGGCAGAUAGAUGAGGCAAACGAAAUGAUAGACAACUUGGAGACCCAAUUGGAAGAAGCCAUGGAGCACCGCGAAAGCAAAGACAUCGAGGCAGUAAGGGCAGAGUACGAUGAAAAAGUUGCUUCCAUGGCGUCGACCCUUGCUCUAAAGGAGAAGCUCUUGGGAGAUGCUUGUUCCGAGGUUGAACGUCUGAAAAUGCAACUGGAAAUAAGAGAGACGGAAGAAAGACCAACGGACCCCGCAGUUGAAGAUGAAGAAGACCUACGAAAGUCUCUUCGGGAGAGAGACGACACAAUCGAAACGCUUCGGAAGCAGUUUGAAAACUUCCGGAAAGAAAGUGCUCGAAAACAGGAGCUUCUCGAGCAAGAAGCUACAGCUGCUCAACUUCUGCAUGAGAAGGACAUCUGGGUUAUGAGGACUCAAUUAAAGGUGAAAGAAGAGGCAGCGAGCAGCCUCGCGGAAGAACUGAACAAGGAACGUAGGCUUCGUGAGGAGUUGCAACAGGCAGCCCAAGUUCAAAAAGUUUGUGGUUUGGAAUUGCUUCCAAGUGGCGCAGCAUCUUCCGUUGCUACAGUGGAAGUCCAAGGUGAUGGAGAAAGGCAAGCGGGUGAAGAUGACCCUUCCGGAAGUGACACAGCUGCUUGUAAGCAGGACAGCAGGGAAAAUGUAUGCUGCAUAAAGUGCGCAGAAAUGAAGUUGGCUAAGGAUGCUUCCGAUCAAGCCUUGCGUGACCGAAACACUGAAAUAGGAAUGCUCACCACUAAGCUCCAGCUGACUACUGAGGAACUGUCGAAACUCCAGGACAAUGUCAAAUUCCAGUCAUCAGUGACAGACGAACUUGAAGCGUUGCAUCAGAGGUAUGAGAGCCUCCUGAAGGACGUCUCAAUGAAAGAUAAUGCUAUUGAAAAGCUAGAGCUUGAAAAAUGUGGUGAGUACCAAAAGAGGACGGCCUUGGAAUCUUCCUUGGACAGUGCGACUAAAGAGUUCAACAGCCUUCGUGUUGAACUAGAACAACAGCGGCAACACCAACAAAAAAUUGAAGCAGAAUUGGAGCGCACAGUGCAAGAGCUAAAGGUACUGCAAACAAAGUACGACAACCUGGAAACGCAACAAAAGAAAGCGGCCGAAAUCCAGCUUGCAGCGGAUGAGCUUCGAAACGAACAACGUACUCUUCAGGAGCACCUUGCAAGAAAGGACGCAGAGAUAAAAGAACUGCGCACAGCUGUUGAGAGAGAGAGUGACCAAGCAAGGAUCCUCCGUGACGAAAUUACAGGAGCAACUAGUUCACGAGACCAGAUAAAACUACAACUAGAUAAAGUUAAAACUGAUUAUGAUGAUCUAAUGGUGCAACAGACAAAUCUUACAGCUUCGCUCGAUGUAGAACAGAAGGAAAGGACUGCACUGGAAGCGGCCUUGAACGGUGCUAAAGAGGAGCUUCAAAAGGCUCAUGCCGAAAUAAAGCAACAAUGUGCACAGCACGCGGAAGAACUUGAGAAAGCACGAGCGGAAUAUGAGGCCCUGGCGGCCGAGCAGAGAAAAGCGGAGCUGGCUGCCGUAGCCGUAGCGGGGCAAUUACAGGCUGCCAGGGACUCUUCAAAAGCAGAAAACGAAGCUAGAAUGGCUGCGGAAGAGCGGGUCCGGGAGCGAGAAGAGGAGAUAAAUCGUUUGAGAGAAUUAAUCAGUUCAGAAGAAAAGAACAAGCUUCUACAGAGCUCCAGUUUAUCUUCAAAUGAGCAAGAAAACGACGAUGUGGAAAGCAGCGUAGCCAGCAGGAGACGACGCACACCAAGGCAGAUACGCGUCAGUAGCACAGACAGCAAUGAAGCUCAAUUUAAACUGCCGCGGAGACGUACGCGGGCCACGGGGGCAGCAUCCGCGCACAAGGAAUGUGCGGAGGUGACUCCUGAGAGGAAUCCUGCACUGACUGAGCAGAGUACGGCUUCGUUAUCUCCCUUGAAACGCCUCCGUGACUUUAUCGUUGGCAUGCGGCCCAGUAGCCCCACCAGCGCGCAACUGCAAUGUGAGAGGCAGUCUGCAGCAGCCAAGGACAAGUCUCUAAUGGCAGCAGAAGUAAAAGCCCCUCAAAAAGAGGAUGUAAAUAAUUUAAGAGACACCUCUGAAGAAAAGGGCAGCAAGAUCCUACAGGUUUCCAGUUCGUCCUUGAAUGUGACAGAUCAAGAAAACAGCGAACUAGAGACCAGCGCUCCCACCAGGAGGCGCCGUACACAGAGGCAGGCAAGUGUCAGGAGCGCCGAAGACAGCAGAGCCGACUUGAAAACACCACGGCGACGUACACGGGCCAUGGUUGCAGCUUCUGCACACAAGGAGUGCCCAAUGGUGACACCUGAUGGAGAGUCUGCGUUGGAUGAGCAGAAUGCUGUCUGCAUCUUGCCCGGUGGAGAUGGAAAGGAGCAGAAGUCUCCCGCGAAAAAGCGGAAGGGACACAGAACUCUACUUCCAUCCGACGUGGACAACGUUUUCAACGCCGAUGCAAAGGAUGGCAAAUCUGAAGAGCGAAAGUUGGCUCGAACACGUUCUAAGCGAAACUAAUACGAGCUCGAUUCUUGUAUAUAUGCCACAUUCAAGCUUUUUGUAUGUAUCUGAUCUAUUUGGUGUGCCCUACUGUAGAUGUUUUUAUCAUGUGUUCCUAGUAAGGGCAUGUUUUUAGCCUUUUAUUGUACGAUAUCAUCUUUUAUGCUAUUACAAACUUCCCGAAGUUUGUUCACGUGUUUAGCGUAAAUAAAUUGCAAGCUCUUAGCAGUG